GGAGUCUUCUAAGAAGAAGUGUGACAAGUUCUAAGGGACUCAGGACAGUAUUUUACCAUAAUUUACCAAUAUUUCUCAUUUGUUUAUUAAAAUAUACACAGGCUCCUACGUGAAGGCGUUGGUGAUCCACUGCUACUAUGUGCGUAAGCCCAUUCAGUGGAAGGUUUUUCAAUUCCGUCUAGGACCAUUUGGACUAUUUGAGCGUUCAUAGAUAUUUAAAACUACUAGUAUCAGUUCUGCUUAUAUGACGCGGGAUAAUUAAGUCUGAAGGUCGAUUUCGUCAUAAUCACACGAGUGUUCGGUGUUGGUACACCGUUAUGGAGUCUACAUGUGCAUCUACAAACGAAGGGCACUUGUUAAGUACCUAUCGUCAUUUUUUCGAGCUCCUCGUUCUCGUCUGUAUGUCUAUAUUUGGUGCAAAGUACGUGCUGAAGCUUUUCAAAAAGUAUAAAGGGGAGUUUCUUCGUGCUGGGUUCGCUGGUGUCGACAUGAAUAAACCGUCUAAACCAACACUACCUGAAGCCCAGGGUGUAAUAUGUGGUGUUGUUUUUCUAUCCAUCAUGUUUCUGUUCAUUCCUGUUCCCUUUUGGAGAUAUCUCGUUGGCAAAGCUGAUGCGCAAUCACUAGAAGUGUGCCCGACAAACAAAAUCAGCGGGGAACAGGAAAUUAUCUUUAAAAGCCAGUUCAUUCAAUUUCUUGCUGGUUUAUUGUCCAUAUGCUGCAUGCUUUUCUUGGGAUUCGCCGACGACGCCCUCAACCUACCUUGGAGACAUAAAAUUGGUUUUCCAUUUGUUGCAGGCUUACCCUUACUGAUGGUUUAUCUAGCCAAUGAGGGGACCACAAGCAUAGCUGUCCCAGUUAUGCUGAGAAAUGCUUUAGGUAGUAGCGUAGAUAUUGGUAUUUUAUAUUACAUAUAUAUGGGUUUGCUGACUGUAUUCUGUACUAAUUCUAUAAACAUCUAUGCGGGAGUAAAUGGUCUUGAAGUUGGUCAGGCAAUUGUGAUUGGUGCUUCUCUAAUUUUAUUCAAUCUGAUCGAACUUUCUAGUUAUCACUGGCGUGUUCAUCUUUUUUCACUCUACUUUCUGAUCCCAUUUUUGUCUGUGUGUUGGUCUCUGUAUCGCGUAAACCGAUAUCCGGCGAAGGUUUUCGUGGGCGAUACAUUCUGUUAUUUUGCAGGCAUGACUUUCGCUGUAGUCGGUAUUUUGGGUCAUUUCAGCAAAACAUUGUUACUAUUCUUUCUACCACAAAUUGUCAACUUUCUGUAUAGCACUCCUCAGCUGUUUGGUUUGAUUCCCUGCCCACGACAUCGAUUGCCUCGAUACGAUCCAGCAGAUGGUCUAUUACAUCCCAGUCGUGUUCGUUUUCAUCCAAAGUCUUUAUCACGUCCUGGUCAGUUUGUUUUGACUGUGUUUUCGUACGUGGGCAUAAUUGAAUGCAAACUUUGCCCGGAUUGUAUUCCGAAUAUUUCCACAUCACCCACGACGGGAAUGAUCGUUUCACAAUCAUCUCAUGAAAAUAUGUCUUCUGAUGAAGAACAAACAUCGGAAAGACAAAGAGCUAGAAGUAGAAGCCCAGCUCAAACCAAGUUACCUACUGAAGAGAUUGUUGAAGUAGACAACCUUACUGUCAUAAAUAUGAUGUUACGUGUUUUGGGACCCAGAAAUGAACAACAAACCACCAAUACUCUUUUGCUACUCCAAAUACUCUGUUCUUGUUUCGCAUUUAUGAUUCGUUAUCCCCUUGCAUGGUUGUUUUAUGAUGUACCAGCUAAGUAAUUACAUUGAAUAUUCUGUUCAUAACAUUGUAUGAAUUAUUUUGUGCAAUGUUUUAGUUGUAUCUAAACAUAAUAAUAAUCAUUACUAUUACUAUUAUGAUCAUUAUCAUUAUUAUUGUCAUUAGUAGAGUGAAGCAUAUAUAUAUUUAUUAUUUACACGACUGACUAUUGUAUAUCAGUCAUUCUGAAAUAUAUAUCCUUUCAUUUUGUGUACAUUUAAUUGUUCAUGUGUUUUCACUAUAAUUAUUUUGAAGAUGUAUUUCGUUAUUUAAUUCACUUUUUGUAAAAUAGCAUUUAAAAAAAACAGCAACAACAACAACAAACUGGUUCUAUCUAUAUGAUCAUUAUUUUGUUUACAUCAUCUAUUCCAUGCAUAUUUAAAUAGAUAUAUGUGUUUGUUUGAAUACAAUACAAUACAAUACAACAACAACAACGUACAUUCAAUCUAUUUUCUGCAUGUGUUUUUCAAAUGUAUAAAUCAGUUAUGAAAUAUUUUCAUCGUUAUUAUCUAUGAUGAAAAAUGAAUAUUUGUUCAUUACUUUAGUCGUAUAAUAAUACAACGGAUUUUACUCAUAAUUUGUAUUGUCAUUAAAAUAUAAAAUUAAUAAACUAUAUGUUUAGACAAAAUUUCAUUCUUAAUUGUUUGAAAGUUAAAUGCAUGUUUUACUUCAAUAAAUCUCUACCAAUGUAACUUGAUAAGUUUGUCAGUUAGUUUUAGACAUCGUAUUACUCUUAGUAUGAAUAUGAACCCGUUUAAACUGUCACAUUAGCGUAGAAUUUAGAGAUCAAUUAGAUGAAAAAUAUGUAACGAAAAAAAAGGAAUAUCAUCUGUACUCAAAAACUAAAUCCAAAAAGUAUAACUCGGAAGCUAUUAGUGAGAUCGAAAGAUGAAGUGUUUGGGUAUCUUUAAGAAAGGAUUCCUUAAGCACCUUGUCUCUUAUGAAAGAAGUAUCCUUCUGUAAAAAAUACCAAUGAUUAUUGUAGUGAAACGUAGUUGUAGCAGUAACUCAGUGGCUAAUACGUCCAUCUUACAGCCAUUAAGUCCCAACCCCGUCUCACCUACUUCAGUUUGGGCAACCGGCUAGUUUCAUUAGUCCCCAUACGUCUAGCCUGGCUCAUAUGCAAGUGACUGGCUAGUGAGUUAAUUAAAACAACUAAUCAAUGGUGGGAAGUAUGUGGUGUUUGAAUGAACUGAUGAUACCUUUAUACUUGUUGAAUGCUUGAUUUCAAAUUCUAAAUACAGUACAUUCGUUUGUGGUUGUCUAGUACUUCUUGAUCCGAUUACGUUAUUUUUGGGAUUCUUAGUUCAUACUAUAAUUCAAAUAUUUCUGAUUAUCAUAAAGCAUCAGUGGAUCUAGGAAGUUUGGUUAAUUAGUAAAUACUCAUAUAACACUUCCUAAAUGAAUCAAAACAUGUUGAUUGGUAGAUCCAAUUUAAAUAUAUACUGACAAAGUACUCUUUGUAUUGAUUACAGAAAUGGGGCGAUUUGUGUGUUAUGAUUAGCUGCAACAGCGCUAACACUGACACUACAUCUAACGAGGAUAUGAAAACUUCCUUCUCUUAGCCUCGACCGCUCCAAAACCUAUCUGCUGAUGAAGAUUUCUUUAGUAAAAUCGAAGAAAAAUUUCAUGUUACAUUCCGACUAGAUCCAAUGAUUAUUAGUUACAGUAGUAAACUGAUCAGUUGUUGCCUG